AUGAUGUUUCAUAAGUUUUCAGUAGUAUAUCGGUGUUCCCAUAUAUUGAAGCGAUAUUAUACAACUGAUCUUAUCAAAUUCACCAGAGAAGACAGACUGAAUAUUUUGCGAAAAAUGGCUCUGACAAAAUCAAGAGAAAACCCUGUCAUCAUGACUCUGGAUACUCCUGAAUUCAAAUCUAUUUUCAAUGAGGAAUUGCGAUCUCUAGUAUCACUUUUCAAAGAAUAUGGAUAUGAAAUCAGAAUUGCUGGAGGUGCAGUAAGGGAUAUCCUAAUGGGAAAGCAGCCCAAAGACCUUGACUUUGCAACAACAGCUACUCCAACAGAAAUGAAAGAAAUGUUCACUACAGAAAAUAUUCGGCUGAUAAACUUGAAUGGUGAAAAACAUGGUACAAUUACUCCUAGGAUUAAUGACAAGGAGAAUUUUGAAGUUACUACUCUUCGAAUUGAUGUAGUUACUGAUGGAAGACAUGCUGAAGUUCAAUUCACAACAGAUUGGAUGCUAGAUGCUCUCAGGAGAGAUCUUACCAUUAAUUCAAUGUUUCUAGGAUUGGAUGGAUGUGUUUAUGAUUAUUUUUUUGGCUAUGAUGAUCUCAAAAAACAUAGAGUUGCCUUUGUUGGGAAUGCUGUCACUAGAAUUCAGGAGGAUUAUUUGAGAAUACUCAGAUACUUCAGGUUUUAUGGAAGAAUAGCUUUGGAGCCAAAUAAACAUGAAGAAGGUACAUUGAAAGCAAUUUGUGAUAAUGGAGCAGGUCUCUCCAAUAUUUCAGGAGAAAGAAUUUGGAUGGAACUGAAAAAAAUACUGGAAGGGAAUUUUGCUGGUGACUUGAUGGUUACUAUUGUAGAGAAUGACUUAGCUCAAUAUAUAGGUUUGCCAAAUAAUCCUAAUAAGGCUGAACUCAAAAAAGUUUGGACUCAAAGUGGACAUUUGAACCUGAAUGCAAUAACCUUGCUUUCUUCUCUACUCAACAAUACAGAUGAUGCUAUUACUCUAAAUGCAAGACUAAAACUAUCAGCUUUUGAUAGAGAUUUAGCCCUGUUCAUAGUGAAUCAUAGGGAACCAAAAUUGCAUUCUAAACCUUUAAUGCCAUAUCAACAAUUGAUUUUGAAGUCCAAGUCAAAACCCUCUGAUACUAAAAACAUGUGCAUUGAAGUGUUGAAAUACAUCAAUUCCCCUUAUUGGGAAGAUCUGGUGAAAUGGGAAAUUCCCAAAUUCCCUGUCAGUGGAAAUGUGCUGAAGGAAAAUGGAGUGGAAAGUGGGAGGUUUAUGGGAGUGGUUAUGAAUGAACUGAAAAUAUUUUGGGCAAAUAAUGAUUUUAAUUUGAGUGUGGAAGAAUUGGUUAAAGAAAUUCCACGUAUUUCAAAUGAACUUGCAGAAAAAAAGAAAAAGAAAUAA